AUGGGUCAAUACUGGAUGUUGGCAAACCUGGACAAGCGGGAGACAUUUGGCAUAUGGGGAAAACUUGGCGAAUUCUUUUACAGUGAUUUUACGAAAUUGGUCGAAUUCAUCCUGACGCCAUACCCUCACCCUGCGCCUGACUCUGUACUAGCGAAGCAUAAGCCGUAUGUUCGUACGGCGGAAACUGGAAAAGCACUCGGCCGUCUGGACCUGCCAGGAGAAAUGUUGCAUCGCAUCUUCGACAAUAUCACAAGCUUCCAAGAUGCACUGUUUCUGACUCUCGCAAACCCCCUGCUUGAACCAUUUGGCCACCAGCGGAUGUACGAACUCAUCUGCCUAUGUCAGCAACGGUGGAAGGGAGAUCGUAUAAUCUGCCUUGGUGACUACGCAAGGGAUGACGAUCUUCCAAAAGGACUUUGGUCUGAAACCGAGCUGGAGGAACUUCAGGACAAGAAGCUAGACGUUUACAGAUUCAAGCAAAUCGAGUACUCUCCAAAGGCAUACUGGAGACCACGCCAUGACGCAUUGCUCCGCCUCUCACCGAAGGAAUCUGAGGUAUACAAAAGCAUCGCUCUCGAGAGACCGAAUUUUCGCCACGAUGACAAUGCGAAGGAGCGUCAGUGGGUGUUGUGCAAUCUAUCGAAGCAGCAGUACGUCCGGGCAGACGCGCUUGCGGCUCACUCAAAGGCGAUACCGGACGGACCGUUCAUACCCAGGUCCAUAGGCCUCGGGAACGUUCUGUUAUCCUUGAUAUGCUGGUCAUCUGAUCCCUCGAUAUCGAUGCACUUCAACGACGACCUGACUCGCGGUGCGUGGGCAGGUAACCGUUUCGAAGUCACGACGCUAGACCGCUUGUCUCCACCGCUCGCAUCGGGUAGUUGGCGCGAUGUCAGCAGGCCAGUUGUUGCUCGAUUAGUGGCGAGCUGGAGGAGGAGAUGA